CCGGAAGCUCUUCGUGCUCGCGCCACGUCAGAGCUACAACACUGUUAUCAUCAUUGCAACCAAAGCUGAGGAAGACUUGCUUCAGCCUUCAGCAUGCUGUACCUGGGACUGAGCUGUUUGCUGCUCCAUGUGUUUGUGGUGUUUGGGACUGAGCUCACAUUUGAGCUCCCCGACAAUGACAAACAGUGUUUCUACGAGGAACUAGAGAAAGACGUGAAGUUCGACAUUGACUUCCAAGUGAUUUCAGGAGGGAACUAUGAUGUGGACUGUUUUGUCACAGAUCCUCAAAACAAUGUGUUGUAUAACGAGAAAAAGAAGCAGUACGACAGCUUCUCUCACACCACAGCUAUGAAGGGAGUCUACAAGGUCUGCUUUAGCAAUGAAUUCUCCACGUUUACACACAAAAUUGUGUAUCUGGAGUUCCGCCAUGGUGAUGAGGAACCUCUCCUCCCGAGCAUGACUGGAACCACGGCACUGACUCAGCUGGAGUCGACUUGCGUCUCCAUUCAUGAGAUCCUGAAGGUGGUGGCUGAAUCCCAGACGUGGUACAGACUACGAGAGGCACAAGACCGCACAAAGGCAGAGCACCUCUUAGAGCGGGUUACCUACUGGUCAGUCGGAGAAACCGUUCUGCUGUUUGUCAUCGGCAUCGGUCAAGUCAUGUUGCUUAGGAGCUUCUUCAGUGACAAGAAAGGCUCUGUAGCAGCGAUGACUUAACCAUGUAGUCUUGAAGACGGGUGGAAACCUGAUGUUAACGUAGCAGUGCAUCUGGAGAUUAACACACAACUUGUAGUAUCAGCAAACCCUUUUUUAAAGUGAUACUUUGAGUAAUUGUCUUAUUUCUGCUGGCUUAUUCAGUGUGAAAUCCUUUUUGUGUCUGUUGUUUUGUUCUUGACGUGCUAUAUUAACGUGUUUUGAGAGCAAGUUUCAGCACCUGAAUACAUCUCAAACUUGCACCUAAAAAGUGGGACAUUUUGCAAAAUAAUCUUCAAAUAAUCUUCAGAAAAG